AUGGCCUUCUUCCAAGCCAUCCCGGGUAUUUACAGGACCUGGGUUUGGGCUUGGGAGUGGUGGACUUCACCUAAGGAGAGCAAGGAUAAGGGUCAAGCCGUGGAUUUGGAGCGUCUUGGGUCUGGCCGAGGAGGGCGGCGGGGCCAAUUGGCCAAGCUCGAGAAAGAUUUGGGCGACAUGAAUGGGCGAGUGAUUGCGCUGGAGCUGGAGGUGGGGACCGGGCGAGCGAAGGCGAGUGGGGUGUCUUUUGCUGCUGGCUCUUCGACUCCGAUGAAGCGUAGGAAGUCUGGACCACUUCCUGGACGAUUGGUUUCCUGGACGGUUUCCUGGACGGUUUCCUGGAUGGCUUAUUAG